UCCGAUAUCGAUAUCCAAGAUGGCGACUUCCAGUGAAGAUGCAUUUGAUAAUUCAAGGAAACUUGACUGCAAAGAUCUCCAUGGUUAUCUACGGACCCUUCAAGGAUCUGUCUUAGAUAGACUUUACAAUCAUCCUGCAACAUGUCUGGCUGUUUUUCGUGAGCUUCCAGUUUUGGGCAAACAUUGCAUCAUGAGGGUUUUGUUCAUUGACACUCCCAUUCCCCAAGCUGCAGUCACCUCAUGGAUACAGAGCAACCAGCAGGAACAGCUGCAUGCAGCACUGAAAACAUUGACGGAUCUUCGUCUGUUCAGGGACCAGUCACUGCCCGGCGGCCUUCCAGGAUGGCUUCUCAAUCUCACCUUCAGGACUAAUCUCAAGACUGCUCUUAUUGGAGGAGGCAAGCCAUGGGCAAUCAGUGGCAAAGGUGGAAAAGGAGGAAAGGACAAGAAAGUGAAAGAAACAGCUACUCUUGACAAGUACUCUUCGGAAAGAUGGGAGUGUGUACUUCAUUUCUUGGUGGGCUCCUCCAAGGCUGUAGAUACGUUGAGUCGAGAUAUUGCUACCGUCUUGACUCAUUCGGGUCUCAUGAGAUUAGGUGAAUCGGGAGGAACGCCGGUGAUCACACCCUCUGGUUUUCAGUUCCUGCUCCUAGAUACCCCCUCUCAGGUCUGGUUCUUCAUGCUGCAGUAUCUAGAGACCUCCCAGGCUCGAGGUCUAGACAUCGUAGACGCUCUCUCCUUCCUCUUCCAACUCAGCUUCUCAACGUUAGGAAAAGACUAUUCAUCUGAGGGCAUGACUGAGCAGCAGCUUCAUUUCUUGCAGCAUCUGAGAGAGCUAGGCUUAGUGUUCCAAAGAAAGAGGAAGUCCAUGCGCUACUACCCAACCAGGCUUGCCAUCAACUUAGCUUCAGGUGUAUCAAGUAUGGCCAAGGAUGAUCACAAAGACGGCUUCAUCGUCGUGGAAACCAACUUCCGUGUCUAUGCCUACACAGAGUCGGAUCUCCAGGUUGAAAUACUGGGACUCUUUUGCUCUAUGAUGUACAGGUUCCCAAACCUUUCUGUGGCUGCUUUGACGAGGGAGAGUGUACAGUUAGCCAUAUCGAAUGGAAUCACAGCUGAACAGAUUCUAAGUUUCUUGAGAACUCAUGCACACCCUAACAUGAGACUGAAGACACCUAUCGUACCUCCUACUAUUAGUGAUCAGGUCAGACUGUGGGAGCUGGAGAGAGACAGACUCAGUUUCACACAAGGUAUCAUAUACAAUGAGUUCUUGUCUCUUCAUGACUUUGAGGUGCUACGGGACUAUGCUAAGGACCUUGGUGUACUUAUCUGGGAUAGUACUGCAAGACGCAUCAUGAUCGUUUCUCCGGCAGGGCACGAUAGUGUCAAGAAGUACUGGAAGCGAUUGAAAAAAGGACAAGUGUCGUAGCCGUAGGGCAUGGUUGGACAAAAUGGCAAUCUCCUCUGCAGGAUGCAACAGCUUUAAGAACUAAUGGAAGCCAUUGAAGAGGAGACGACCUUGGUAAUGUCAGUAUGACAUCAUCAAGAAGUACAAGAAGAAAUUGGAGAAAGGAUAAUUUUCAUGAGAAAGAUAUGGAAGCUGAAGAAAGGACAAGGUCCACACCUAGCUGCUAAAGCUGACUGAAAGUUUUGACUGGUUUAUAGCCAUUCGGUCUACAACCAGUUCGUCUACUACCCAAUUGGUCUACACCCAUAUGUUCCAAUACUUAUUUAAUCAUGAAUAAUAAUGAUCAUCAAUUGAUUAUUAGACCUGAUUGAUGGUAGACAAAAUGGGCGUAAGACAAACUGGGAAUUAGACUAACUGGUUAUUAGACUAAAUGAAGAAUAGACCAAGUGGGUAGUAGUCUAAUUGGAGAUUAGACCAUAUGGAAAUUAGACCAAAUGAUAAGUAGACAAAAUUAUUAUUAGACCAUGCUGAUAGUAGAUGGGUUGGGUGUAGACCAUAUGGGAAUCGACUACUUGCGUAGAAGACCAUCUGGUUGUAGACUAAACGCCAAUUCAUUGUUUUGGCUUAGCCUGUCCAUCAGCUAGAUCAACUGAUUAUUUGGUUUUAUUUUAAAGGAUUUGGUGCCAUGGUACUACAAUACAGAUAGCUCAAGAAAAUUGAGGGAAGAGGUUUACC